GCCAAGUAAUACAAAUUCAAGCAGCUCAUCCAAUACCGGCUCACAGAGCGGAACUUUAAGUACUAGUCUGAGUAAUACCAAUACAAAUACAACAAUGGGUCCUAGUAACGGUACACAGCAACAAGGGGAACAAUUGUCGAAAACAAAUUUGUAUAUUAGAGGAUUGCAACAAGGCACAACCGAUAAGGAUUUAGUAACUAUGUGUGCACAAUAUGGAACAAUUAUAUCCACCAAGGCUAUUUUAGAUAAAACAACAAACAAAUGUAAAGGCUACGGCUUUGUCGAUUUCGAGUUGCCAGCAUACGCCGAGGGCGCCGUCAAGGGACUACAAGCAAAGGGCGUUCAAGCUCAGAUGGCCAAAGUGGGUAUCUGGGUGCUUCAUAGGCCGGCCAUUCAACAAGAACAGGAUCCCACAAAUUUGUACAUCGCAAAUUUGCCACCACAUUUCAAGGAGACGGACUUGGAGAAUAUGCUCUCGAAAUAUGGUCAAGUUGUGUCUACUCGCAUAUUGCGCGAUCAGCAAAUGAAUUCAAAAGGCGUUGGCUUCGCACGCAUGGAGAGUCGCGAGAAAUGCGAACAAAUUAUACAAAUAUUCAAUGGUAAUACAAUACAGGGUGCCAAAGAUCCACUUUUGGUUAAAUUUGCCGAUGGUGGUCCAAAAAAGAAGAAUCUCUACAAGAAUCCCGAUCCGAAUGCGCGAACGUGGCGUGAUCCCGCCGAAGGCAUACCGGUCACCUACGAUCCGACAAUGCAACAAAAUGGUGUUAGUGUUAAUGUUGGUACACCAAUCGGUGUGCCGUAUUCACGUUUUGGUGCACCGCCAGUUAGUAGUUACCCAAUGACAGCUGGCUCACAAUGGAUACCAGGCUAUAUGAUGACGCAACCAAUACCUCAAGUUGAGGAUCAGUAUAUGCAAAUGGCUGCUGCCCCACAAUUGGGAGUCGCCUCCUACAAACCAGACGCAGUCAAUCAGGUGCAACCACGCGGUAUCUCGAUGAUGGUCAGUGGUGAUCCGUCUGUGCCAUAUGGACCAAUGGUGCCACAACUAGCCACAUUGCAAAUUGGCAAUUCCAUGUAAUAUUAUGAUGCCGCGAUUGACUCUCUAAUGGGAGCUGGAAGUGGAAUCGGAUAAACGCGAAUAACAAAAACAAAACCACACAAACAUAUGCAACAGCAGCAGAAGAUACUAUAGUAAUAAACAACAACAACAAAAAUUAAAACGACAAGGAGUGACAAAGCGAUUCAGAACACAACAACAAUACAAUAUUACAACAACCUUUGAACAAAUGAAACAAAAGCAACAGUAACAGCAACAGCAACAGCAACAAGGAAAUCGGUGACAACCGGCAGCAAUAAACUUAAAACAAACUUAGAAAAUAAAACAAAAACAAAAUGAAAAUGAAAACAGUUGCCCUACGAAAAUAGUAAAAGUGACUACAAAUUCCAAUAUUUAAUGCAGUUUCCUGCAACAAUGCUAAUAAA